AUGACACAACCAUUUGAAUGUUAUUCUUGUAUGUCUUCCAGUUAUCAGGCAAAAUGGGGAUUUUUGAAAGAAAUGUAUUUUGCCCCAAAAAUGUUUGCCGAUGCUUGUGAUGCUCCAAUUCCUCGAAAAGGCCUUAUACCGACUGUUUUAUGUGCCUCAUUUUGUGUGUCAAUGUUAGAGCCGAGUGUUGAGGCUGGUGUUUUUGUUGGUUUUAAAUAUAUUCGUGGGUGUGGGGAUUUAAUUCUUCGACACGGAUUUAAUAAAACGGCUAUACAAAUACAUAGAUUUGCACAAGUAGACAAAUGCCGUCAAUUACCCCGCGCCCAUUUAUUUAAUCAGCCAAGGCAAUUAGAAGUGGCAGUUACAGGAAAUUUGCAAUUAUGUACUUGUUAUGGUGAAAGAUGUAAUGGAGGGUCUUCUUCUGUUUUAAAAAGAGGAAAAAAUUUGAAAUUUUUAAUUUUAUUUUCUUUAAUUAUUUUAUUUUUUAUUUCUAAGUAUUUAAGGAUUUAA